CUUUAUAUAUAAUAAACUGCAUAAUAGACUUAAUUAUCCAAAAGUAGAAAAAUGUGUUUAUUUUCAAUGGAACUUACGAAUUUUAAAAGAUCUGAGCCAAAUAGAUGAAUUAAAUAAAAAUAUAGAUCUUGUUAAAGAUUUGAUGAUGGAUAAUGAAAAUUUAGAAGAAAAUGUAUUUGACGAUUUAUUUUCAGCAAUGAGUUAA